GUGCCAUCUAUGCUCUGGCCCAGCCUGGCUUAAGAAACCGCCACAAUAUUAUCUCGAUCCUCCAUCUCCUUGCUUCAUCCUCCCCUCCUUCUCCUUCUCCUCCUCCUCCUCCUCGCCUUCGCUCUCUUUCGCUUUGCUUCCCCUUCUGCGAGCCGCUUUUCUUCGCCCGCCCUCGCCGCUCCCGUUGCCUUCGUUACUCUUAGUUCGGUCUUGCCUGGUCUUGCAUUGCUCGCGUGAGAGCGUCACCAGUUUUUGCGCCGCUUCUGCCUUUUUGUCCUCGAUUAUCGCCAUCGCUCGCCAGUUGAUGCGUCCAAUCCUUACCGUGAUUACUACUGCUACUACUGCUGCGACUUCUGCUCUGGCUGUCCCUCCACCCCAUCGCUAAACUCGACCUACGAUUUGCUACUCCCGACGACUUUCUACUCUCGACGACACUCCAACUUUGCGAUUGUACGACUUAUUUCAGCAUCUUACUCCUAAUGGCUCCCAGCCUCAGAAGCACGGCCUCGGCUGUGCUGUCGGCACUCGCCUGGGCUGGCUCCUCCCUGGCGGACACGGUCUUCUACGACAGCCUCGAUGAAUUCACAGCCCUUGCAAAUGCCACCAGCGGAUUCCCCAGCCAGACGUUCCGAUCCUCGGAAAUCAUUGCUCCCGUGCUCCACGUCAACACGUACGACCGCAGCGCCGUCGACGAUGCUGGCUACAUCUUCAUCGGCGCCGUGUACGGCAAGAUGCGGGCGGGCCCCAUGAUCCUCGACGCCAAGGACAUGAGCCUGGUCUACGCCGACCAGCGCUACGACAACUCCUACACCUCGCAGGUCCAGACGGUGAACGGAACCAACUACCUGGUCUUCUGGGAGGGCGUCCACAACCGCGGCCAUGCUAACGGCUACGGCCUCGUGUUCAACGAGAACUACGACCUCGUCUACAACGUGACGGCCCACGGCUACCAGGACACCCUUGCUGACAUGCACGAGAUGCGCAUCACCGAGAACAACACUGCCUUGUUCACCGUCUACUGGAGUAUCCCCUGGGACUGCACCUCUAUGGGAGGGCCCGUCGACGGCUUGUUGAUGGACAGCGGCUUCCAGGAGGUCGACAUGGAGACGGACGAGGUGCUCUUCACUUGGGCGGCUACGGAUCACUUCGAUGUUAAAGACACCUACGCCCGCUACGGCAGCGGAUUCGGCGUCAGCGACAACUCGGGCUUUGACUUCUUCCACAUCAACUCGGUCGACAAGACCGAAGACGGAAACUAUCUCAUCUCCAGCCGCCAUCUCUCGCUCCUCGCCCUCAUCGACGGCAAGGACGGCCACCCGAUCUGGGUGCUCGGCGGCCACCGCAACCAGUUCCUCGAUUUGAACGACGGCCGCGCCACCAACUUUGGCUGGCAGCACGACGCGCGGUUCUACAAGAACCAGAGCCACAUCACCAUGUUUGACAAUCACGGCGAGCAAACCGGCCCCUGUAAGGAGGACGGCUGUAAGACCCGCGGCCUGCACCUGGCCAUUGACACCGAGGCCAUGACGGCCCGCAUUGUGCAAGAGUAUUUCCACCCCGCAGGUAUCGACUCGGGCGCCAUGGGCGGCUUCCACACGCUCGACAAUGACAACGUCAUUAUCGGCUGGGGCUACAAUCCCGGGUUCGUUGAGUACACGCCCGACGGCAAGCCGGUGCUGGACUUCCAGCGCGGCAAGCUGGGCGAGGGCUUCCAGGCCGACAUGUUCGCGUACCGCGUCAUGAAGCACGACUGGAUCGGGCGGCCCAGAUGGCUCCCCAGCGCCGCCAUCGAGGCUCCUCAUCGCACCACGGAGAAUGCCACCGUGUGGCUGUCGUGGAACGGCGCCACGGAUAUUGUCUCGUGGGUAGUGCUCGCUUCCGACUACGCCAACACGCUCAACGGCCACAGGAACGUCGUGGCCGUCGCCAACCGCACCGGCUUCGAGACGGAGAUCUACCUCGGCGGCGAGACGAGCCAUCGCUACAUGGCCGCCGCCGCCGUCACCGCCGACGGCACCAUCCUCGGCUCGACGUUUGUGAUUGAUAUGGCCACCGGCCAGCCGUGCCUCAUGGCCAGCCACGUCACCUCCAUCUGGCCCGAGAUGGAGACCACCAUGACUAACUUUGUCCUCAUGGGCAUGAUCAUCGGCGCCAUCGCCACCGUCUCGACGCUGGGACGCUGGUUUUGGCGGCGACGAUACCACCUCCACAGCUGGGACAGCAGUGUCGCCAAGUACGAGCGGCUGGAGCCCGAAGAGAGGCGCAUCGACUAAAAAAGAAAAAAGUCCUGUGCUCUUGUGCCUAUUAAUCUCAUGCAUGGCGUUGAUACCUAGGGAAACGGUGGGAACGGGGAAUGGCGAACUGGCGUUACGCGUAUUGGGUAAGAGAUCCUCAUCGCGAGGGGUUCAUUUUGUUCACAUUCUGUAAUUACUCAUGGAUUAUUCCAAUAUUUACUCAUA